GGCGGGAUGCCGCGGCGGCGGGCGGUGGGGCGGCUGGAGCGGCUGUGCCUGGAGAACGUGGCGGCGCACAUGCAGGGCCUGUGGGCCAAGGACUACGCCGAGCGCUACCUGGACGGGGAGGAGGCGCCCUUCUUCCGCUUCCUGCUCGGGCCCUUCGAGCACCUCGCCGGCCCCCUGGUCCACGAGCUGCUGCAGCUGAUGGGAGGCAGCCGCCGCCUGACGCGGGCCAUGCUCCACCUGCUCCUCGUGCCGCACCUGACGGAGCUCAGCCUGCGCACCUGCCCCAGCCUCGUCAGCGCCGCCAUCGCGCACAUGAUCGCAGUGCGCUGCAAGAACCUGUCCUCCCUGGAUCUCCACGGCUGCAGCCGGAUCCCCUCGGCCACCCUGGUGGACCUGUUGGAAGGCCUGCCGAGCCUCACCAAGCUGGGCCUGUCCGAGACGCAGUGCGACACCCGAGUCCUGUCAGCCGUGGGCAGCUCCUGCAGGCGCCUCCGCGAGCUGGCUGUCUCGAACUGCAAGAGGCUGUCUGCGGCUUCCCUGCUCCACCUGGCCUACGAUCCCUUCACGGCCUCCUUCUGCUGCCCGAGGCUGCAGGUGCUCUCGGUGGAAGGGCUGGAGCCCACCGCAGGCAGCCACGACUUGGUUGGGGCUCUGGUCUUUCUGCUGCUGGCUCUGCCCAGCCUGAAAUCCUUGUGCCAUUGCCUGGCCUCCAGGGCGGUUGCUCUGAUCCACACCCAGCGGUUUGAGGGAGCUCCGCUGGCCCCAGGGUUUCCCUCGCUGGAGGAGCUGGUACGGGGCAGGCGGCCCACCCACCUAGGCCAGGAGCACUGCAGGAUCACGCUGCCCCUCAAGAGCCUGGCCGAGGUGGGGGAGCCCCUCCUGCCUGCUGUCUCUGCCGUGUGUCCAGACUUGGAGGAGAUGGCAGUUCUCCUGGGGGACAGCCCCGGCGUGGGCCACAGGUUCCGAUCGUGGAAGACACUCACCCACUUGACUCUGGAUUGUGAGGAAAAGAGGGGUCUGGGGGAGCUGGUGCCGCAGUUGGUGGGCCUUGGGGCACAGCUCCACUCCCUCUCGCUUGGGGGCUUCUCCUUGGAAGAAGAGGCAGCCUUCCACACCUUGAUGAGCUGCUGCCCGACCCUCCGGACAUUUAGUGCUUCCCUCACCCCUCCAGUGGCAUGGGGGGCUGAUGAGUGGCAGCCAGCGAGCGAGGCCUUACUGGAGGCCUCCAGCCUCAGGCCUCUGAAACUCCCCCGGCUCCAGGCUUUCCGCCUGCUGUUUGCUCCCUGUGAUUGCUCCUCGUCUCCCCCCGAGGCGGUGGUGCUGAGGGCCAGCCUUGUGUCCCUGCUCCAGCACGCCCCCCACUUGGAAACCUUGGCCUUGGUCUGCCUGCCUUUCUCUUUGGACGAGGUCUUUGAGAGGGCUCUGGAGCCCUCGGGGGCAGCCUUGAGACACCUCCAGAGGCUCUCGCUGUCGCACAGCGAUGUCUCCCCUCGCACCAUCUACCAGCUGCUCUCUUCAGACAAUCAGCUGAGCCACGUGGCCCUGGGGGGCUGCCCGGGCAUCCACCGGAGGCACCAUUCCGAGUUGCUCCGGGUGGUCAGUCAGCAGGGGCUGGAUGUGGGCAUCACUUGGGAUUGA